AUGGCAAACCCACAAAGAGAAGUAGGAGCUGAAAGGCAAAUAACUAUGAAAGAUUAUGCACUGCGUACAAUUGGUAACACUACUUCAUGCAUAGUUCUAGGUGAUACAUCUAGAAAUUAUGAACUUAAGAGCAUUCAUUUUAAUAUGCUUCCUUCAUUUUAUGGUAUGCCUAGUGAGGAUGCAUUAACAUUCAUUAGAGAAUUUUAUGUCAUAGUUCAUACUUUCCCAUUAUCUGGACUUAAUGAGGAUCAACUAAGAAUGAGGAUGGAGAGGAAUGAGAAAAAGACAGAUUCCAUUGAGGCUUCACUAAAACGUUUAGAAGCUCAAAUGGAACAAAUUGUUGAAGAGCUCAAUAAAGAGGAACUAUCAAGUCAACCUGAACAAGCCAAUUCCAUUACUACUAUUAGAAGAGGUACACUUAAAAAUGAUGGAUUAGUGCAAAGUAAUGAGGAAAGCAUACAAAAGGAAGAAAAAGUAGAGCCUGAUCUUAGGCUGGAGAAGAAAGAAAAGGAAGCAUUUUCUGGACCUGAAUUUCAUAAGAUGCUCUCUAAAGUUAAUACUAAUUUACCUUUGUUGGAUGUUAUCAGGAAUAAACCAGCUUAUGCAAAAUUCUUUGAAGAGUUGAACACCAACAAAAGGCGAUAUGCGAAUAACGAAAAAGUACAAGUAGCAAAUGUAAUGCUUCAACAUCAAUUGCCCCUUAAGAUGAAGGAUCCUGGUAGCUUCACCAUUAAUAUUACAAUAGGUGACAAAAAGGAUACAAAAGUCGUGUUAGAUUUGGGAGCAAGUAUCAACUUGAUGCCGUAUUCGAUGUAUGAACUACUUGGCUUAGGAGAGUUGAAGCCUACCACUAUGUCUCUACAAUUUGUAGACAGAUCGAUAAAAUAUCCUAGAGGUAUAGUGGAAGACUUGCUAGUGCAAGUAGGUAAGUUAAUAAUUCCAGUUGAUUUUGUAGUACUUAACAUGGAAAAUACACCAACAAUGGAUAAAGAGCAAACCAUACUCUUUGGUAGACCUUUCAUGGCAACUACUAGAACUGUGAUUGAUAUGCAUGAUGAAAAACUUACCAUGAUAGUUUUAGGAGAAACUGUGGAAUUUAAAGUGUUUGAUUUUCUAACUUUAUCUCCUAAAUCUGCUAUUGAUAAGUGUUCAUAUAAUUAUUUAGAUUCUCUUGUUUAUGACAAUUAUAUGAUGAUAUUCCAUUCUUAA